CUUUCACUAAUUAUUGAGUCUAAAAUCUCUUGGUUAUCAGGCGAUGGAGUAUGACAUUGUGUUAUACCCUCUUUUGAAAGUAUACCUCGUGUUUCAUUGAAAAGAUAAGUACAAUUGCAUGACAUGAGUAAUCCCAUCAUUUCUUUCAGCUUGUCAUCAUCUCUUCUUUAGCUCAUUACUCUUAAGCGUGAAGAUAGAAUGAGGGGUUUUGAUCAUCUCCACAGCAUAUCUUGAAGAAUUUUGGACCCAAAUGGUCUCCUUGUGGGCUAACCCCAUCAUCAUCGAUCACAUCUCAAUCACUUUGCUUUUCCUAGACAAAUGCUCAUAUUCUUCCAACUCCAACCUCAACCUUAUAUUUGGGUUUAUCGAUCGGAGGGUUUUGUUUGUUAUUUCAUUCCCUUCCCAAACUCAAAGCCGAAAUCUGCUAUGGAAGCUCAAGUAGUCUCCUCCAUUAAGGGAAGCCACCCGCACACCUCGGUCUCAACUUUCCCAAUCCUAACCAUCGUGAUAGCAAGCAUAACCGUGACAGCUAUCUUGCUGGUAGGUUACUGGGCACUCUUUAUUGCUAGGUGCUGCUCGAAUGGGCCGCGACUUGGUCUGAUAAGUGGGUGGAUAUGCUGCAUCUUCCAGAGUCCACGAGGAGAAGAGGAUUCCUUCAUAGCCCUCUCCCCCGCAGCGUGGGCCAGUCAAGGCCUCGACGGGACUUCCAUCCAUGAAAUCCCAGCAUUUCACUUUGUCCGAGGAGAAGCCAACACGGGAGGGAGGAUUAACUUCAGCGGCUGUGCGGUUUGUCUCAAUGAGUUUCAAGAGAGAGACGUGCUGAGGGCUCUGCCCAAUUGUAGCCAUGCUUUUCACUCGGACUGCAUCGACAUAUGGCUCCGGGGUAACGCCAACUGCCCGCUGUGCAGGACAGGCAUCUUGGGCAGCGCUGGUCUGUGCACGGAUAAUGACUACAUUGUUGCCCCUAGCUCGUCCCCUCAAGAUUGCCAGUCUUAUCCUGAUUCCCUCUUGGGCGGAGAUGAAAACUUUGUGGUAAUCGAACUUAUGGGAAGAGAAGAUGCAAUACCGCAUGACAGAGAGGCCGAGAGAAAUUGUUCAAGAGAAGAACAAUCACGGUCGACUCAUAAGUUGAAGCACAAGUCUUUUAAUGGUUCGAGUAUGGGUGAUGAGUGUAUUGAUAUUAUGAGAGAUGAACAGGAUGAGUCGUCUUCCAUGGUCCAACCGAUGAUAAGAAGAUCAUUCUCGCUAGAUUCCGCAGCAGACAGACAUCUCUACCUGUCAGUUCAAGCAGCAGUUCAAGGUAAGAAUCGAGGUGAGGUAAGCGGGAGCAGUGAAGGACGAAAUGGCAAAGUUCGAAGAUCGCUCUUUUCCUUCUCCCACGGUCGGCGGUCCAGAAAUGCAGUUCAGCCCCUCAAUUUCAAGCUCUAGAUCGCAGUUGCUUUACAUAUCAGACUGAAGCUAGCUUUUGGUGUUUUCGAUUAUUGAUCGUCACCUUGUGUAAAGAUAAAGGGAUGUAGUCCUUUGUAAGCAAAACAUGAAGCUCCAAAUAAUUGUCCGACCGGGCCACCUCAUCCUUACUUAUAUUAUAUGUAUGUAUGUAUGUAUGUAUGUAUGUAUGUAUCUUUUUGCACCUGAAUAUAACAGUCGAGGUCGGGAUCAGUGCUCUUCUUGGA